AUGAGCCGCAGGUUAUCGGUAAUCGACUUGACAUCGGCAUCCGUGCCCGCGCCCGCGCCCGCGCCCACAUUAUCAUCUACGUCCACUCAUCGCCAACUUUCAUCCGAUAUAACUUCUGUGGACUCCUUCUCGGACUCCUUGGAGGAGCAGCCAACUCCAAACUUAACGAACCGCACGAUACCACGGGGCGCUAAACGAAGGCGAGAGGGGGAGGAGCUCGGACAUGCAGGACCAUCGUCUCGUCCUCGACUAGAUCAUCCAAUAGAUCCUCGAAUAGAAGGGCCCAUUCAAUCUAUCGAUCUGACCGAGGUUGAUAGCUCUUCCGAGCUCGCCAAGACACUCUCCAGCCUAAGAGAGGACGCAGUCAAAUCCCAGCAACCGCAUGGAGACGAGGCGAAUAGUGCACGUUCUGUACUUGGAUCAUAUAAAUGUCCGAUCUGCAUGGAUACACCAGAAGAUGCGACAAGCACGGCUUGCGGCCAUUUAUUCUGCCAUCGUUGUAUCCUUGAAUGCCUGGCGACUGCGGAUGCUAGGAAUUCCGACUCAAAUAAAAAUAAAGGCACAUGUCCUGUGUGCCGAAAAUCAAUAACUAAGAAUGAUACGGCGGGGCCUCGGCGGAGUCUUAUCCCUUUGCAGCUGAAGUUGACAACCAAAAAGCGCAACAUGGCCCCACCAACUGAAGCAUGA